AUGAGCUUUGUGGAGUACGAAGAGCUGAUCAAGGAGGGUGACACGGCCAUUCUGUCGCUGGGCCACGGCGCCAUGGUGGCCGUGCGUGUGCAGCGGGGGGCCCAGACGCAGACCCGGCACGGCGUCCUGCGGCACUCGGCCGACCUCAUCGGCCGCCCCUUUGGCUCCAAGGUGACCUGUGGCCGAGGCGGCUGGGUGUACGUGCUGCACCCCACACCCGAGCUCUGGACGCUGAAUCUGCCACACCGCACGCAGAUCCUGUACUCCACUGAUAUCGCUCUGCUUACCAUGAUGCUGGAGCUGCGGCCCGGCUCUGUGGUCUGUGAGUCCGGCACCGGCAGCGGCUCUGUGUCGCACGCCAUCAUUCGCACCAUCGCGCCCACGGGCCACCUGCACACGGUCGAGUUCCACGAGCAGCGAGCAGACAAGGCGCGGGAGGAGUUCCAGCAGCACCGGGUUGGCCGCUGGGUGACCGUGCACAACCAGGACGUGUGCCACAGCGGCUUCGGUGUCAGCCACGCCGCUGACGCCGUCUUCCUGGACAUCCCGUCUCCCUGGGAGGCCGUGGGCCACGCCUGGGAUGCCCUCAAGGUUGAAGGUGGGCGCUUUUGCUCCUUCUCGCCGUGCAUCGAGCAGGUCCAGCGCACGUGCCAGGCGCUGGCGGCCUGUGGCUUCACGGAGCUGAGCACUGUGGAGGUCUUGCCACAGGUCUACAAUGUGCGCACAGUCAGCCUGCCACUGCCCGACCUGGGCGCCGGUUCCGCCGAGGCCAGCCCCUUCCGCAGUGGCACCCCUAUGAAGGAGGCUGUAGGCCACACUGGCUACCUGACCUUCGCCACCAAGAUCCCAGGCUAG